GAUUUUCCCAACACUCGGAGGGGAGGUAACUGUGAUCAGACUUCAAGGUAUAGAAACAUUUUUUUGUUGGAUAUGGUUGAAAUGACAGAUUUAAACUGUUUUUCUGAUGCAUUGUUGGCCUUGGACAAGAAAAGUCCUGACCAUACAUGCCAGAAUGCAUUUAGAAGCAGGCCUCUAAGACACAAUUUUAAUAUACUAAUGAAGCGUGGUGACAUUCUACCUACUGUGAAUAAUAUAACUAGGAAUGAAGUUUCUUGGUCAAUUUAUAAACAGAUCAUUAACAUGUUACAACCGAAGAAGCUGUCAUGUAUGGCUGCAGUGUAUGAAGGGGUCAGUACAGAUUCACUUAAAACCAAGGCAAAAAUCAAGGAAAUGCAGGAAUUAGAAAGUGAUAUUCAAACCUUUAUAGCUAAUGAGUCACCUAUAGACAGAAUUAAAAGAACAUUUUCAUUCAAUGUGAAGACUGGAACAUUCACAGAACAGAGACAACGCUUUGACACUGUGGUGCAUGCAUGUUUUGGUCUAUUCUUCUGUUUUGGUGGAUUUAAAGGUUUCUUUGAAGGUCGAAAGGAAUUUUUUGAAAGCAACAAAAUGACUAUGUUUGCUACAAAAAGUACAUAUCAUAAAACAAGAGCACGCUACCAAAUGAAAUGUUUACUAAAAGAAGGAAUAUCUUUAUCAUUAAAAGGAGGCCUUUUUUGCAUGUCUUCAUUCUUCUUUUACCAAUGCAUAGAAAUUUACAUGAAUAAAACAACGCCAUGGUCAUUUGCUGUAGCAUUUGGUGCAACAGGAAGUUUGGGAAAAAUAAGUCUUGGCCCAAAAGGCAUGUUUUCUGGCUUCGUAAUUGGUGCAGCUUUUGGAACUAUAGCUGGGUUGGCAUGUUAUGGUGUUUUAAAAGCAAGUGGUCACACCCAAGAAGAACUUAACUUUAUGGAAGUUAAGGCCCUUGUCAUGGCUAAAAGGAAAUUUGCAAAGCAAAAAGCAACAGCUGUGACAGAAUACCAUGAAGAGGUGGAUGAUAUAGAAUGAUAAUUAGCAUGUCUUUAUCUAUUUUAUAAUAAAAUACGCUUCUUGAUA